AUGUCCUCCGUGGACACAGAUCUGCCUGAUGAGAUAUCCACCAGGCAUAUGGGAUCACUUUUUUACGGCUUUAUUAAUACGUGUCUGAAGUCACUGGUCAUUGAAAGGUUCGGAGAAGAGACAUGGGAAAAUCUGAGAUUAAUGGCUGGUGUCCAGGAUACAUUUAUGACCUAUGAAAUCUACGACGAUGUCAUCACCCUUCGUUUAGUGCAAGAGGCUUGUAAAAUGCUGGAUAUCUCAUCCGAGGUGGUUUUGAAGCUUUUUGGAGAGUACUUUUUCAGCUUUUGUAAGAUGUCCGGAUAUGACACUAUGCUGCGAACCCUCGGUGGAAACCUGGUGGAAUUUAUUGAAAAUCUUGAUGCUCUACACAGUUAUCUGGCAUUGUCUUAUGAGGCCAUGAAUGCUCCGUCCUUUCGUGUGGAGCGGAUGGAUGAUGGACGAAUUCUCCUUCACUAUUACUCAGAUAGGAAAGGGUUGUAUCACAUCGUGCCAGGUAUUAUCGAGGCUGUGGCAAAGGAUUUCUUUGACAGUGAGGUUACAAUGACCAUUCUAAACCAGUCAGAAGAGGAUGAGCGCACUGGAAAGAAGGAACAUGUGGUUUUCCACAUGGUACAGAAGGAAAAGGUGUCCAAAAAAAAGGCUCAACCAAGACAGAAAGGCGGCAAUGAGGAAAUACAGGCUGAGAAACAGGACAAGGAAGAGAUAAUGAAGAGAAUGAAGGCCAGGUAUGCCAGCCUGCAGCUGUGUCCAAGGAAACGAUCUCCAUGGGAGACUGUGAGGAGCAUUGUCAUGUUGGGCCAAGGCAAUCUGCGACAAUCGUUCACUCCCAGCUACCCAAAAAGACUUUGGAUUGAAGAACAAGCCUUCUGUAAUGCUUUUCCCUUUCACAUUGUUUUUGAUCAAGAUCUGGUGGUGAAGCAAACAGGUGUCAACAUUCAGAAGUUUGUUCCCGGACUGCAGACCGCAGGUAUCCGUCUGGAUGAGUACUUCACCAUUGUUCACCCAGAGGUCACCUUCAACAUCCAGAGCAUCAAGAAGUUCAUCAACAGCCAAUUUGUGCUGAAAACCAGGAGGGAAAUGUUACCAGAGAUCCACCAAAACCAGUCCACACUCAAACUGAGAGGGCAGAUGAUGUGGAUGGAGUCACUAAGCUGCAUGAUCUAUCUGUGCUCUCCUAAACUACGAAGCCUCCAGGAACUGGAGGAGAGGGGUCUCCACCUGGCCGACAUCGCCCAGCACGACACCACACGAGAUCUGAUCCUACUCAACCAGCAGAGGCUGGCGGAGAUCGAGCUCUCCAAUCAGCUAGAAAGGAAGAAGGAGGAGUUGAGAAUCCUUUCACGAAACUUAGAGAUUGAAAAGCAGAAAUCAGAAAAGCUUCUUUAUGCCAUGCUGCCGACACACGUCGCCAACCAGCUUAAAGAGGGCAAGAGAGUAGAGGCAGGUGAUGAAACCAGAGGAACUCCCAACAGAACACUGUUAUACAUGUCAUUAGUCAUGCUUUACACGAAUCACAUCCUUUCUGUUACUCUUUCAGGUGAGUUCAAAGUGUGCACCAUCCUUUUUAGUGAUGUGGUCACAUUCACUAACAUCUGCGCAGCCUGUGAACCUAUUCAAAUAGUCAACAUGCUCAACGCCAUGUACUCCAGAUUUGAUCGACUUACAAACAUCCACAAUGUCUAUAAGGUGGAAACUAUAGGUGAUGCUUACAUGGUGGUUGGCGGUGUGCCCAUUCCUACAGAGACUCAUGCAGAGCAGGUGGCAAACUUUGCCCUCGGUAUGAGAAUUGCUGCGAGAGAAGUAGCCAGCCCUAUCACAGGUCAGCCCAUUCAGAUCAGAGUAGGCCUGCACACCGGUUCAGUUUUGGCAGGUGUUGUAGGUGACAAAAUGCCACGCUAUUGCUUGUUUGGAGACACAGUCAAUACAGCCUCUCGGAUGGAGAGCCAUGGACUUCCUGAUCACAUACACCUGAGUCCCUUCACGUACAGUGUGUUAAAGGACAAAGGAAUCUUUGAGAUUGCCGAGAGGGGCGAGAUUGAAGUGAAAGGCAAAGGCCUGAUGAGAACAUUUUUCUUGCUAAAGAACCUCCAAAAGAGCGAUGAACAGAUCAUGGGCUUGGUCGAUGGAGAGACGUGUGUGUGCCAGAAGGACCCAGAGACUGUGACGGAUGCCCAAAACGAAGUAAGUCCUGAAGACACAGGCCGUGGGCAGAAAGAGGAAGAGAAAAAGGAGGAAGAAGUUGAAAACUGGAAGAAUGGCACAUCAUCACCAUCUGUCUGUCCAGGCGAAAUCUCCCCCGAUCAUUUAAUUCAGUUCGACGUAACGCCAGCAUACGAAAGCCCCACUGACUUCAAACUUCCAAACAAUGGUCUUCAUUCAGACAGCAAUAGCACUAAGCUCUGCUCGAUACUUUAGUCUAACAUCACUGAAUUAUACCCAGCUUUAAGAAGACUGAAUUUCAGAGGGCCAGUAACAUCAACAAUCAACAGCCACAAUGUAAAACUCGCAGAACCAUGUGCUCUGUGCAGGGUAUAAUAACUGUUUUUCCCUGCUCUGUAAGAAACAGUGGGGGAUUUCUACUUUGUGGACACAAAUUUGUCAUCUGGGAAAGGCAAGUCUAUGCGCUGAUUCCCAAUGCUCCUCAUGUAGCCCGGCUUCAUUUGCACCUGCUGGUUGCCUGCAGGUGAUGGCCAGCAGUAGAACCACCCCUAGAGAAAGCUAAUCUCCCUCUGGAGAAAUUAAUCACUUAUUAUAGACUGUUUUCAUGUGGAAAUCAGAUGGCAAACACAGAUGACCAGAGGUAGAUAAACAUAUGGUUGCUGGAUAGCAAUCAAAUUUAGUUUGAGGUCUUCUGCAGCGUGUUAGGCAACAUGGGAACUAAUUAUUCACUGUGUCAGCCAAAAACACACAAUCGGUGUUCCUCUCAAAUAAAAAUAUGACUGCGUGAAAAGGUUUCAUUUGUAUUAUUAACUCUCCCGACAACACGAUUACAGAGAAUAUCCAAUUGAAAAAAAGUGGUAAUAAUCUCACCACAGUUUUUUAAUCUUCUCCACCCCCCAUACAUUACAGUGAUUUAAGAACUCACUGGGGUAAAAGCUAGUUAUAUAUGAAAACAAAUAUGUAAAUGUGUUUUGCAUGAGAAAUUAGUAAACAACACUGAAUGCCCAAUGAGUAAGAAAAAAAGUCAAGUCAUCAUGGACUGCAUGAAAGUAUUUCAUUUGUAUUAUUAAUUCUCUCUUUGCCUCUGUGUUCCAUAAAACAUGAUUACAGAGAUUAAUAUAUAAAAGAACACACUCAUACUUAUGAAACCCCAUUUGAUUUUUGGAGAUUAAAGAAAUAAUUAUCUUGCUAGAGCAUUUUAAUCAUUUUUUUUCCAAACAUUACAAUAAUUAAAGGUUCAAAUUCCUCCAUGCGAAGAAUUAAUUAAGGCAAAAACAAUUUGGGGGGGAAAUUCUAGUGACAUACAAAAAUAAAAAUAAAAAUUGUACUCUGCAGGAAAAAAAAAACUAAAGAACAACAUUGCAUGCCAAGUGAAUGAAUAAAAAAAAAGCUGUCAAAGUUAACGUCAGCACAUAUGCACAACCCCUUGGCACAGCAACAAAAACCUUUUCAUCAAGGUUCCCAUUUAACAAAGGCAACUGCACAACACGUUAGAAAUCCAGUACAAACAUCUUCAACUCUUCACUGAAGGGAUACGGCAAUAAUUAUUUAUGACAAAAAAAA